ACGUGUGUGUUUAUGUGUGUGUGUGUGUGUGUGUGUGUGUGUGUGUGUGUGUGUGUGUGUGUGUGUGUGUGUGUGUGUGUGUGUGUGUGUGUGUGUGUGUGUGGUUUUACAGGAAUUGUUAUUGUUAUUCAUAAGCUGUUUAUCUGGAUGCUGUUGCUGGUGUUCAUCUGUCAAUUAAAGCACACAAUUUCAUAAUCACAAAUAUUAAACAUGCCCAUUAACAAAAUAUCAUUACAAAGUUGAGAGAACAAGAAUGACAUUUGAAGUGAGGACUACAUGUGAAUUAGCAGCUGUAGCUCACAGUCUGACCUUCAUCCAUGGUCUUCCUCCAGGUGAUCUCCUGUUUCGGCCUCUCCGUGGUGUCGUGCCGCUACGUGGGCUUCGCCGUGGUGGCGCUGUUGGUGGAGAUCAACUCGGUGUUCCUCCACCUCCGGCAGGUCAUGCGCAUGUCCAGCAUGGCCGCGGGAACGCUGUACCGGGUGAACAGCAUGACCAACCUGGGCACGUACGUGGUGUUCCGCAUCAACACGCUGGCCUGGAUGACGCGCUGGCUGGUGCUCAACAGGGACAAGGUGCCGCUGCUGGCCUACACGCUGGGCAGCGUGGGCAUGGCCAUCAUGACCGCCAUGAACAUCGUGCUGUUUUAUCGGCUGCUCAGGAGCGACUUUUUGAAGGGCAGCGCUCGGGAGGCAAAGAAGAUGUAGGAGAGACCAGGACGAUUCCACUCAUGAACACACGCUCUGCUGGAGUUGGGAUCCGAUCUGAGACAGAGGCCUGUUUUUACUUCCUGUUCCAUCCAUAGAUCAGGAAUAGUCGUUGUGUUGAAGCCACGCUGGCUCUCAGUUGUAGCUUUGAUGAAUUGGCUUGUGUGUGUUCUACAGUCUUCCCUCAGUGCCAGUACUGUCUCCACAAUGCGAGGCCUUGUAAGGCAGAGUCUCAUGCCUUAUUCUCCCCCAGGGACGAUGAGCUGCACAUGUGUAACUCUUAGGUUUGUGUGAAACAAAAGCACAUACACAAUAUCCUAUAAUGUGUAUCCAUCCACAUCAGAUCCAGACCCUGUUUAGUUAAACAUAUAAAUCAUCCAGAGGUUUUUACCAGAUGUCCUCAUUAAAAUCACCUGCUACCUCAGAGCUUCU